UCUGUUGACGGCGGUGGGGGAGGGGCUGGUCACGUGAUUAGUGGCCCAGCCGUUAAACCGACCAAGCUCGAGCUCACCAGCGCGCGGUGCACAAAAGGCCCCGGAUGAUCGGUUGAGGUUAGAAAUGACAAGGAAUUUAUCUAUAGGAAUCUCGACCACAACGCAUCAGCUUUGUUGACUCUGUCCAGAUAUUUAUGAAGUGGAGCAAGGGAUUCACUCGAUCAUCCUUCCUGCUCAGACUGUGGGGAGGGGCUGACCGACUGCCAUGCCCAUCAUUUUACACAGGGGAGAGGCCAUUCACCUGCUCAGACUACAGGGAUAGAUUCACUGAGUCAUCUCAGCUGAAGGUACAUCAGCAAUUUCACACUGGACAAGGCCAUUCACAUGUUCUGUGUGUAAGAAGGGAUUCAGUUGGUCUUCCGACCUAUGGACACACCAGUCAGUUCACCCUGGGCAGAGGCUGGUCGUCUGCUGAAUUUGUGCGGAGGGAUUCACUAAGUCAUCUGAUGUAAUGGCUCACCAGCGAGUUCACACCGGGGAGCGGCCGUUCCCCUGCUCAGUCUGUGGGAAGGGAUUCAUUAAAUCAUCUAAACUGAAGAUACAUCAGCGAGUUCACACUGGAGAGAGGCCAUUCACCUGCUCAGACUGUGGGAAGGGAUUCACUCAAUCAUCCAGUCUACUGAUACACCAGCAAUUUCACACUGGGGAGAGACCGUUCAUCUGCUCAGUCUGUGGGAAGGGAUUCACUCGAUCAGCUGACCUUGAUAGACACCACCAAUUUCACACUGGGGAGAAACCGUUCACCUGCCCAGACUGUGGGAAAGGAUUCACUUUAUUAUCUCAACUACGGAGACACCAGUCAGUUCAUACUGGGGAAAGACCGCUCACUUGCUCGGACUGUGGGAAGGGAUUCACUCGGUCAUCCCAACUACUGGCACAUCAGCGAGUUCACAACGGGGAGCGGCCAUUCACCUGCUCAGACUGUGGGAAGGGAUUCAUUAAAUCAUCUAAACUGAAGAUACAUCAGCGAGUUCACACUGGAGAGAGGCCAUUCACCUGCUCAGACUGUGGAAAGGGAUUCACUCAAUCAUCCAGCCUACUGAUACACCAGCAAUUUCACACUGGGGAGAGACCGUUUACCUGCUCAGUCUGUGGGAAUGGAUUCACUCGAUCAGCUGACCUUCAUAGACACCACCAAUUUCACACUGGGGAGAAACCGUUCACCUGCCCAGACUGUGGGAAAGGAUUCACUUUAUUAUCUCACCUACGGAGACAUCAGUCAGUUCACACUGGGGAGAAGCCAUUCACCUGCUCAGAAUGUGGGAAGGGAUUCACUCAGUCAUCCCAACUACUGGCACAUCAGCGAGUUCACACUGGGGAGUGGCCAUUCACCUGCUCAGACUGUGGGAAGGGAUUCACUCGAUCAUCCACCCUAAUAGCACACCAGCGAGUUCACACUGGAGAGAGACCGUUCAGCUGCUCAGUCUGUGGGAAGGGAUUCGCUCGAUCAGCCGACCUUCAUAGACACCACCAAUUUCACACUGGGGAGAAGCCAUUCACCUGCCCAGACUGUGGGAAAGGAUUUACUUUAUUAUUUCACCUACGGAGACACCAGUCAGUUCACACCGGGGAGAGGUCGUUCACCUGCUCAGUGUGUGGGAAGGGAUUCAAUCAGUCAUCUCAUCUGCUGAGGCACCAGCAAGUUCACACAGGGGAGAGGCCGUUCACCUGCUCAGUGUGUGGGAAGGGAUUCGCUCAGUCAUCUCAUCUACUGAGACACCAGCAAGUUCACACUGGGUAGAGGCCAUUCACCUGCUCAGACUUUGGGAAGAGUUUCUCUCAGCCAUUUCCACCAAAUGUGCAUCAUUGAGUUCACCCUGGGGAGAGGCUGUUCACCUGCUGUAAAUGUGGGGAAGGAUUCUCUCAGUAUUCUAACCUUGUGACACAUUACCGGGUUCACCUGAGGAGAAAGUUUCAAUGAGCUGCAUGCUGGAUAUUUGUCCAUCACUGUUGCUGAAUGCAAUUUUGAGAGUGACUGUCGGUGCUGAACUCUGCAAUUAUUGCUGCUGCUCACCACACCCAGUUCUACACCCUGGUCACUGGGCAUUGGAGGAGUUUCUUCUGCUGCAUCUUCACCUUUAAUGGGACUGGGGUUUAAUAUUCUGGAUCUGAGACAAAUAAAUCAGUUCUAUUUUAAACUCUGUCUCUGGUACUUAGUGAAUUUAUAACACACCUAGUGUACAGUAGAGCGUCAACUCAGGCUGGCUGAACCCUGCCAGUGAUUCUGUUCCACGACAGUCCUUUUAAAUCCUCCCCUAUUGUUCAUCUCUCGUUUUCCCUGUGGUGAUGGGUUCCAAAGGCCACCACUCUGUGGGUGAAGAGGUUUCCCUUGAAUUUCCUGCAGACUGAAGAAGUUGAGCUGACUGCAGUUCUGUUUGAGAUGUUCUUUGCCCCUCUAAUCUCUGGGCUGAGGAAGAAUGAUAUUGGUAGUUAACCUCCUUAAUCGCAACUCAUUUCCACAUUAUGGGUCAUUUUCCCUGCUUCUAAAGGGUUGUUAGAAAACACCACUGUCCUCUAAAGACUGAAAGCAGAAUGGGAAACCAUUAGCUCGAUGUUCAAUGGAGCAGGGUCAGAAACCAGAGGCGGGUCCACACAGGGCAGAGUUUGGGGCUCUGGACGAUGGUCGGGGUAAGAACGUAUGAUGAGGAGAAGGGAACCAGCAGCGGGGUGUGGCAACGAAUGACAGAGUAGCAAUAUUUUGAAGCUGAUUGACAGAGAAAAUAAUUCAGUUGUCUGACUGAUGAUACAAACAAUGCCUGUGGUGAGGUGCUCCACUGGUCAAGGAUCAUGUAUGUGUGGGGAAUGGCUUUAUCUAUUGAGAGAGUUGUUCCUGCUUGUUUAUCCUGUAAUAUUAUAUCUGGAUGGUUAUCAAUUGUCCUAUUAGUAGUAAUGCAUUGAUUAUUAUAUAAUUUGUAAGAUUUUGACUCUGAAACUGAAUCAGGCUUGAAUUUAUGGUGCUUCAAUGAAGUUAUGGUGGUUAUUCAUGAGUUUAUAUUUUGAAGUAAGAUUUUGGUGAAUGAUAUUUGCCACUUGAUUGUACCUUUGUAAGUAAUCAGAUUGAGUUAAACUGCUGCAGGAUCCUGGAAUGUGUUGGAUCGUGUCUGGUUUCUCUUGGCAUUUUCUGCACUUACUGCGUUGUUUGUAUUUCAUGUAUUUUCAAUUUUGUUUUUCCUUUUGUUAACCACCUUGUCCUGCAUUUCUGCAAGGAACCCCUCUGUUUCUGGGAAGAGGUCUCCAACUCUCAGUCAGUUGCUCGAUGCUUCCUUGUCACCAUCUCGUCUGCUCAGAUCAUUGGGAUGUCUCCCAUGGAGGGUCAUACUCAUUCCACUGGUUAAUGUUUUCCACAGUUACGAUUAUUUUUUUCUCAGUUAGCGUCUCAUUUAAGUUUCUGGGCUGUAUUUCUUACCACAAUUGCAUAUACACACAGGGAAUGCUGAAUCCUGUUCAUAUUUGAUGAAAAAAUAUACUUUCAAGUUUUAACUGACUGUUGUGUGAUUUUUUUUUCAUGUGCGUUAUUUCUCUUCCUCCUUCUGUCCAAGGUAGUGUUAAUCUAAGUGAGUUUGAGUGUAAAU